AAGAUGUGUGAUGGGUAAAGCGAUAAGAAGAAGAAGAAGAAAAGGUGUGGAAAUCAAAUGGCAGCAAGAGUGAGCAUCUCUGCUUCUCACGCUCUGAUUCCUUCGUUCCAGCGUCCAACCAACCCAUCUUCACCCUCAUCUUCAUCGUUUCGUUAUCCCUCUGCAAUUCCUCUUCACUCUCCCAAGCCAAUUCCAAAUAGGAGACAGAUGGUUCUUCAGCGUUUCAAGAUUCAUGCCAAUAUAGGUGGAGGAGAAGGAGAUGUAAAGCAAGUUGGGGAGAAGAAGAAGAAGUUCAUCACCAGAGAAGAAGAACCACAACAGUAUUGGCAGACAGCAGGAGAAAGGGAAGGAGAGAACCCAAUGAAGACACCUCUUCCCUAUAUCAUCAUAUUUGGCAUGUCUACCCCCUUUGUCAUCUUAGCCAUUGCCUUUGCUAAUGGUUGGAUCAAAGUCCCCGUUCGCUAAUUCACCUCUGUUAGUACUUACUCUACCCAUAUCCCACAUAGACUCGGCCCACAAAAACCUUCUCUGCAUCCACUACUCAUUUCUCUGCUAUUUUAUCUCUUAAGAACCAUAAACAC